AUGGACUGCUCGCCGUGGUGGGCGCUCGCCGCCAGCUCCGCCGUGACCCUGGUCCUGCACGCGCUGCUCCUGGCCACGCUCUACGUCAUGCUCGGCAGGAGGAUAGAGCGGCUCCGUGGUGGCAGCGAGGCUGGUGGCGGGACGGCAACGGAACCGGCGGCAGCAGCGGCGCCGGCCGGGGACGCGGCACCGAGUGCAGCCUACGUGGGGAGCAGCGACACCUCCUCGGAGACGUCGGACGACUCGGACAGCGGCCCCUCGGCGCCGCGCGCCGAGCGGAGCCUCAACUACAGCUCCUUGCGCUUCCCGGCGCCCGCCGCCGACUACGAGAACAUGAAGACGGGGCCCGACUACGUCAACGUGGACCCCAAGAAGAAGAAAGCCGAUUUCUGGACCUGCUCCGGCUCCGCAGCCGCCAAGGCCAUCGAGUACACGGAGGUGAAACUGUGAGCGCCGGGAGAGAGGGGGGUCCCUGGUCACCCCUCAC